AACAAGAUAUUUCGUUACGAGAGAUAAACAUAUUGCUGAUAAAAUUUAUAAUUAUACCUUUAUUUUUUGUCGGGAAGAAGUUAUCCCUUCCCAAGGGAAUUGAGAUAAAUUCGAUUCGAAAUUUUGGGAAUUAGAAAAAUAAGUGUUGGCAACGCUGGUAAUAAUGUCUUUCGGUUUCGGAUCGGAGUUGUAAUUUGAUGAAGGAUUGGGAUUGGGAACCUCAACCUAUUGUUUUUGCUUUUUGCAAUUUAACAUAGUAUUGUUACAUUGGUGCACACUGUACAAUAAAUUGAUGGAGUAACUAAACAAUAUAUAGAUAAAGUUAGUAUUGUUCUAAAUCAAUUGCAUAAACUAAUUGGAUUUUAAAAUUAUCAGUGUUUUGUGUCGUCGUCUGUUGUGGAAAACAAUUUGCGAGUGACGUAAUAUCGAAUAGAGUUUGUUGGUGAUGGCGGAGACGAGCGAGGCGAAACCCAGCGCUCCGCCGCCCGGCGGGGACGCGGGCGAGGACGACAAACGCGACGAGCGCAUGCUGGAGUGCAACAUCUGCCUCGACACGGCGCGCGACGCCGUCGUCAGCAUGUGCGGCCACCUCUUCUGUUGGCCAUGUCUACACCAGUGGCUGGAGACUCGGCCCAGCCGGCAGGUGUGUCCGGUGUGCAAAGCUGCUAUCAGCCGGGAGAAGGUCAUCCCCCUGUACGGCAGAGGCAACACCAAGCAAGAGGACCCAAGAAACAAGGUGCCGCCGCGGCCGGCCGGGCAGCGCACGGAGCCCGAGAGCGCCGGGGGCUUCCCGGGCUUCGGCUUCGGCGAGGGCUUCCACAUGUCGUUCGGCAUCGGCGCCUUCCCCUUCGGCGUGUUCACCUCCACCUUCAACUUCGGCGACCCGCGCCCCAGCGCCGCGCCGCGCGGCACCGCGCAGUUCGAGGAGGAGCAGUUCCUGUCGAAGAUAUUCCUGUGGGUGGCCAUCUUGUUCGUGCUGUGGCUGGUGUUCGCGUGACCUCCGCCGGCGCCCCUCACGCACCGGACCAUGUACACAGACAAAGUAAACGAUCACAGUCGCCCUCGCUCGCAUACAGCGCUCUUAGCCACGGCGCAGUACUAAAGCUAACAAUACAAAUUAUUAUAAAUUGUAAUAUCUAACGGUCCUCAUUUCCAUUGACUUUGCCAUAAUCGGAUUAAAUUGCAUUUAUUGGCUAUUUAGUCAUUGAUUUCAGGGACUUUUUUAUUACAAGCAAAUCUAACGGCACGAGUUAAUGUAAAAACGCGAUUUGAUGAAGUGUAGCUAAUAGUAAUAAUAAUCAGAAAUAGUAAUUACGCUAGAAUUCCCGUUUUAAUAGAAAUGAUUGGUGGCUACUCUACUAGUAUGUUUCUUUUUUUUGAAAUACCUACCACUAACUGCUGGUGUAUAUUUCUUUUUUUGGAAUACCUCUAACCGCUAGUGUAAAUAAAGAUUAAAGAAAUAUAUAUUCAAAUCGAUAAAUACGCUUUCGUGUUUUAGCGGAUUUUUUCAUUUAAAACAAAAUAAUCGGAUCAAAGUGUUAGUGUCGGCUUAAUUGUUGCUCGUUGGGGCAACUUGUCUUCUCUACAUUUGACUUGGUAUGCAGGUCGACGUCACGUUACUGUGUAUUUUGUUUUGUAAUAAAUUGUGUUUAUUCUCGAUUUUGCUCUGGCGUUCUCACUCUGCACUCACCGACAUCAAAUCUGUAUGUUUGUUUUAUUCACGCGCAGCUCCGUCACUUGUUACUGUUAAAGCCGGAUGUAUAUGUCUGACGUGUCUUGUUGUGACGCAUCAUAACAGAAUCAGUUUCAUACAUUUUGUAUGCGACGCAUCAGAAGCCAUCACGACAUGUCACAACAUAAGUGUAAACGUUAUCAUACAAAAAGAUACCGAUUCUGUUCUGAUGUGUGACGACACGAAACGUCAGACAAAUAUAAAUCCGGCUUAACUUAUUCAUAUGUUUGACAACGGUAUUUCUAUUAAUUUUGUGUGUUGUCCAUAACAUUAUCGACACGAGUGACAUUACACACACACACACACACACACACACACACACACACACACACACACACACACACACACACACACACACACACACACUACAUUGCCGUAAGACUCAUAAGUGCAAGGGAGCUAUAUAGCUUGGCAAAUUCAUUCGUAACACUCCGCGGGGGCCGGGAUGCGGGUAGCGAUGACAGAUAAGCCCACAACUGAUGCACCCCACUUCCAGCCUACGCGCAGUCCUUCCCUCCCCGUCGCCCGCAUAUCAUGGGAGUGUCAUCAACGAACUUGCCAAGCUAUAUAUUUAUACUCUGCUUAUAUUUUUUUCGGCGCCUGAAGUAGACUUUGUUCAUAGUGCGAAGGGCGUCUAAAGCUCUCUCUGUCUAACACGAUACUAUAGAGAGAGACAGAUAAAGACGAAUUCGAAACUCACUGUAUCGAGUUAUAAUAAAAACAUACAGAAUAGCGCUACACAUCCGGCGAGUAACACAAACGUGGGUCCGGCUAAUACUUCAAUGUUUUUAACCCUUUUAAAUAUCUUCUUUGCUGGCAUUGUGCAUUUGUUUAAUUUAAGUAAAAAUUUAUUUUUUUAUUUUGCUUGGUUUGGAAAAUGAAACAAAUAUUAUAUUUUUAUCUGCAUUUGUAUUGGAUGAACUCGUGCGCUGGACCGCACUAGCUUACGUAAAAGUAUAAUAUGUGAAUAUCUAAGUAUGUUAUCGUUUAAUGCACUGAAUAAAGGCAAACAUCGAAAAUCAUUGUAAAUAAAAACUUCAAAAGUAAGAGAGUAUAUACUUAUGUAUGAAAAUCCAUUGAGUUGAAAAGCAAGCUUUGAAAAGUUUGUUCUCUUAUGUUUUGCUUUCCUUUACGAACUCAAUUCAAUUUUGGUAUUCAAUUCAAAGUGUACACAUUCAGUUUUCACUCCCUCUUAGUAUAGUUUAGAUUUAACGUGACUUUCAUUCAAAUCUAGAUGAAGUUUAACAGAGAAACAUGGCUAUCAGCAAAAAGGUCGUUCAAAGUCUUCAUCCGAUAGUAAAUUGGCAAGUGAUUAUACGAUGUUUUCCUUUUUUAUGUGAUUUAAUUCGUGACGUCGCGGUAUAGUGAGCGCUGACCUUCAUGCGUUACGCAAUAACCCCUUGCGUCAAUACAAAUGAAUGUAGAAAUAUUUUACUUCCUAAAUUGGAUUUUAUGAUUCGAAUGGAUAGUUUGCUUUUAAAAGUUACGAGGUAAUAAUUAUUAUUUUAUCCUUAAUUCUGGAUAUGUAAGAAUAUAUUUGACUUAUUAAUUUUUUUUUUUUAGUAUUAUGGAACAUUGUGAAUGAAAAAUACUAGAACGUUUAGCGUUCACCAAAAAAAAAUAAAAAUGUUAAAUAGGUACACACGCUGGGCUAUUCGUUAACUCUGUCGUUUAUAGAUAUUAAAAUAAAUGUAGACAGAUAUGGUAAAGCAAUAGAUUUUGUCCUCCCGUAGGCUGUAGUUUCUUGCUUACAAUAUGUUUAUUUUAUAUUUUGUAAAUAAGUACUAAAUAUUGAAUUAUCUUGUCUCAUUUCUUUAGAGAGUCCAUACAUAAGUUCUCUUUUUUAAAGGAAUGCGUUGGCAGCAAUUUUUUCUGUCUAUUUACUUCUUUGUCUUCAGCUAAAUUAUUUUAUCACCCAAUAAAGCUUUCGAAGAACACCGAUUUAGCGAAUAACCUAGCUGAUAAGUUAUAAAUUGUCAACUUUUCUAAAAUAAUUACUUAUAAAAAUGCAUAUUUUAUUUGCUUUCCUUGUUUUGUUCUAGUUGAUAGCUACUUCUCAGAAGUGUGAAACUUGAAUUGCUUUAAAACAUCAAUGGCCUUCUGAUAAGUAUCAGAAGAAGAUAAAGUACACUGGCAAUUUUUAAUCGGACAAAGUAUUUUUAGAUUAUGUGGCCUUCUCGUCAAUGGAUUAGGCUUAAACUUUUAAAUCAAAAUUGUAUGUGUGCGUAUGAAGUUAUUGAAUAAAGUAUGAGAUAUGACUGUGUUAUAGUAUAGACAUCGAGUAUCUUUACACUUCUACAGUACAUCAGUGUAAAAUGAACUGAAGUUCAUAGUAUCAGUCAGUAGUCAUUUAUUCUGUUCUACUGAUAUUUGCUUUAAAAAUAUCCACCAGCACCAUAAUUUGUAGAAAAUACUGGAAGUUCAGCUUUAAAACAAGUGAAUUACGUUCAUUUUACACCGACGGUGUAAAUUCGAUAAUGACUCCAUAAUGACAUCAAUGUAAUCUACUAGCCCAUACUAGUUGAGAUCCCUAGUACAAAAGCAACGUAAUCCAUAUCUUUAAGCAAUAAUAAAUGGCCUAAACUCUAUUUAAAAGUCUAUUUUUGACGUUAAGCUACUAUAAGACAGUAAUAACAUCGAUUCGGAGUUUGUCAUCUUGAUCGUGAUUACUGACCUGUAAUAAUGGAAUCUACACACUAAACCGAACGAAUCAGCAACUAGAAACAAUCCUACAACAUUGAGCAAUUACAAUAUACUGAUAUUUACCACCGUACCAGCAUACAUGUACUUCCAACCAGUUUGUUGUCAAGAUAUAAAUGGAAAUAAUUAUUCCAGCCAAAUAAUAGCUCUGUCUUGACUCUGUCGUCCCUCGCCGGCCGUAACCGUCUAUCAUUUUAGCGUGUAGACUCCACAAGUGAUCAUUGUUUACACAUUUUGACAUGAGAUUUGUCACUUUAGACCAUGUCAAAUCGUGGUAACAGGUACAGAGGGUUGUGAUAAGAAGACCCAUCUCAUGCAUUUAUAUAUAAGAAAGUUAUAGUUCAAAGUUUGUACCAGUACGCCCAGGAUGUGAUUGAGAGUGAUAUUUUAGAUUUCGCAGCUACAGUGUCACUAACAAGCGACCAACCAGAUAAUCUUGUGAAGAGAUAUAGACAAAAUUCAACCAAUGGCGGUGUAAGAUAAAUAGAUUCGGAUUCGACGCCAUUGGAUGAAUUUUUGUCUAUAUUUCUCGUCAUUUUUCACAUAUUAGAGACAGGUCGACAAAUUUCCACUGUCAUCACGAGAUAUCUCUAUUCUCUACACGUCUUAGGCCUACUGAAUGUCAUAAUUUUGGAGAGUAGAACUGAGAUAUGAUUUAAUCAUGCUACAGUAGUGCCUCCUUAAUUUACAGCAUUUUGAAUCGUUUUUUAUUUAUUUUUUAGAGAAGGUUCUAACAGCAACCCUUUAUAUAGGUACAAAAUAACAUUUUGAGUGGCGAAAAAGGUUUUUUACCGCGUCCAUCAGACUUGUGUAAUGUGUAAUCAGUUUUUUGUGUAGACGGUACUAUAAGCAUUUAGGUAUAAUGUUACGAUUAACCCGUUUGCUAUUUUCUGUCAGCUUUAGAUUUUUCGCGCGAACACAAACAUUUUUUAACACAUAUUUGACACAGUACGAGCGUCACGUUUCACAAGUCUUGACUCGGCCUCAUGUGCAGCAGUGGCUACUGGCUACUAGAUUUACUGUAAUUCAUUGGCGUGACUUUGACGUAUAAUAUAAUGGCGCUAAGUUUUAGUAAGCGUAAAAUUUAAACCAAUGUAAAUGUUUAUCUGCUAAUGGUGUAUGUAUGAAGUUAAAUGUAUCGCCUCGUGUCGUUAUGGUGGCGGUGUCAAAGAGCAAUAAAUAUGCCUUAUUAUACAAUCGUAUUUGGUUACAUGGUGUGGGUGAUGUGUAAAUGAAUAGUGGCUCUGUGUCCGUCUGUACAGUGACAGCUAAUGCACAAUCAGUGGAGAAAUAAAACAAUCUGCAAUCAUUAUUUUUUAUUACGCAACACUAAUUUUUCACUCCAAACUUAAGCCAGUUUUGUGGCCACGUGCGCGUAAGAGCUAAGCUAAUUACCCUCACUGACACGCACACAAGUGUAUUUAUGCAUGAAGGGCUCUCAUUUAGGGCACACAAAACUGCUUACGAAUCCUGCGACUACACACUAACUAUGUGUUUUAAAUUUAUGUAUAGGUAUACCCAACUAAGUAUUUCAAGAUGAAAUGUGUAAGGACGCGAAUAAAAAACCAUCAUAAGAUUUUCAAUAUCCAUCUAGAUCACACACUGACAAAUUGACAGAGAACAUUAGAAAUUGACAUACCAACUGACGGAUUGGAUUGGUUACAGUCUAGAAAUGCAACAAGCACGCUGAUUGCUUUUCAUGACUGAUAAUUAUAAUUGCUAUGCUAUCAUUAUAUUUUUUUUGGCAACGCAUGCGAAUGUUUCUUAAAUGUUAAGUACCUAUAUUACACCAUAAAAUUAAUAAUGCCUGUUUUUAGAUUAAGGUGCUUUAAGUCAUUUUGAAAGCAUCACAUUAAUAUCUAGAAUAGCGAGCCAUAUACAUUUCAGGGCAAACUACAGGCUUUACAGGUGAAAUUAAAAAAUAAUUUUGACCUUUUAAACUCUUGCUGGUGAUUGUAUGAAAAAUACUGUAUGAUAAUGAACUGUUUUGUGCAUUGGCUCUUGUGAUACAAAUGUGAAGAGACAACGUUAUAAUGUUUUAAAUUCGGUAGAUCGUUUUAUUUUGAAUAUCCCUGUAAUAUAAGUGUAUAUAUAAUUGAUUUCCAAAUGUUUAAUGUAAAUUAUUUAAAUAAAAAUUAACGUGCUAUCAAUAA